GCCGCGCUACGCCCCAGACGCGUCCCGGGUUAAAUCUCCGCCGGAGCUAAAGGAAUUCUCUCUCCGUCUCGGCGCGGGAGCGGGAGGAUGAUGCGGCCUCGGCGCGGGCUCGACCCGGACUCCGUGUGGGCGCAGCGCCUGCGGCAGCUCGAGCACCGGUUGCGCACCAAAGAAGAAAGAAUAGUUGUCCUGGAAACUGAAAAUGCUGCUCUUCAUCUGAAGCUUGCACAGUAUGAAGGGUUGGCUGGAAGAGGCACUAAUGAAGUAUUGCAGCUCUAUGCUGCUCAUGGCCAGCCGCUGAGAUUGCAGAGGAGUUCUGUUGUAAACCAGCUGCAUGGUGCAGUAAAGAGGCUUAAGCAAGACCUGAAGAGCCUCCAUUCGUUUGCUCUUGAGCUUUCAAAAGAUUUUCAGCGUCAAAGCAAGACUUGUCUUUACAAAGUUCUGGUUGCAGUCCAGGGGAUACAGCUGCAAAAUGAAGCAAUGCAAAUGUUUCAGAUAAAAGCUUUUGAUCUUGAGCAGUCUCUACAAGAGGUGACAGAGAGAUAUGAGAAAGAAAAGCAGAAGAGGAAGGCUCUACAUAACAGCUUAGUUGAACUGAGAGGAAAUAUCAGAGUCCACUGCAGGAUUCGACCRUUGCUACCUUUUGAUGAUGCUGUGGGACUUUCAGUAUCCCAAGACAGGCAAAGAAACUUUUCAGAAAAAGUGGCUUAUGCAGCUGAUGAUGAAACCAUUCUUGUCAAGUGUARCCGUCCCGGUCAUGCAUCAAUAAACAAGACUUUUCAGUUUGAGAGAGUUUACAAUGAUUCAGAGUCUCAAGAUACARUAUUUGCAGAUGUGGCCCCUUUGCUAACAUCUCUCCUGGAUGGGUACAAUGUGUGUAUCAUGGCUUAUGGGCAAACUGGAAGUGGGAAGACAUACACCAUGUUGGGACCACAGUCAGAGGGGAACUUAGCCUUCUCCAUGGAAGAGGAAUCAGAACUUGGAAUUAUCCCUCGAGCUACCCAAGAAGUGUUCAGGCUUAUUUCAGAAAAGCCACUGGGAAGUUACUGGGUUGAGGUUUCUGUUGUAGAAGUGUAUAAUAAUGAAAUUUUUGAUCUUCUGGCCAAAGACAGCUAUGGAGUAUUUGGCGUCAAACGUGAUGUUGUCACAACCAGAGAAGGGAAGAGUGAUGUUCCCUUGCUGACGCACGAGACUGUUGAAAAUGCAUCUGAGUUUUUGCAUCUAGUCAACAAAGGCCUACAGCUAAGAGCCAGGCACCCAACACUGGUGCAUGCUCAUUCCUCUCGUUCUCAUCUGGUAGUGACAUUGACCAUAACCACAGUUGUCUUUGGAGAUAACUUUGGUACUUUAUGGGAAGAUGAACAAACCAGUCAGAGACUGAAUAAAGAGGCUUCCUAUACAUUUCAACAAAAAAUGCGAGACAAUAAAUCCACCUCUUCUUCCAGAGCCUCUUCACCAGUUCAACUUGAAGUGACUGAGAAAAUGAAGCAAGUCAAAACAAGACUGCAGCUGGUGGAUCUGGCUGGGAGCGAGUGUGUGGGUAUGUCUGGAGUGACAGGGGCAGCACUGAGAGAGACUUCCUUUAUUAACCGCAGUCUGUCUGCCCUGGCCGACGUUCUGGGAGCAAUAGCAGAGCAGCGAGCUCAURUCCCAUAUCGGAACAGCAAACUGACGCAUCUGCUUCAGGACUCAGUAGGAGGUGAUGCUAAACUGUUGGUGAUGCUGUGCAUCUCACCUGGCCCCAAGUACUUAACAGAAUCAAUGCAGUCUCUGGGAUUUGGAAGUCGUGCUCGACAAGUUCAGAGAGGACAAGUCAAGAAAAAAAAUUUCCCAGUGAUGAGUAAAGCAAAAUAAAACUUAAGACUCCUGUAGAUUAAAGUAUCAUUCAUGAGUUACUCAGACUGAAAUGUAUACUGUUGUCCUUAAGCCAUUCUUUUAGAUAUAAACUGCCAGAUAAAAUAAACAAUCCUCAACAUGGCAUUAGUAAGCAAUAAACUUACUAACGAUGUUCUUGCUACAAAGAUAAUAGCAAGUAUUGACAACAGCUACCAACCAGGAUGAAAUGGCAGAGCAAUAA